AUUUAUGACAGAUUCAUGCUUUUUCGUCGUUUAUGCAGUGGAAGUAGAGGAAGACACAAGGAUUUAUGGGAUUAAUGUGAACUUGUAAUGCACUAGUGCUGGGAAAUAAGUACCUCCUUUGUUCAUAGAUUUAUUAUGGAAAAACUAUGACAUCAACAUGACCUGUGUCUGCACAAAAUAAUCCUAUUAUUUUGAGAUAAUGGAUCCUAGGAAAGUAUUCAAGAAGAGCAGUCCAAAUGGAAAGAUUACAACAUAUUUAGGAAAGAGAGAUUUCAUAGACCAUCUGUCUCACAUAGAUCCUGUUGAUGGCGUUAUCCUGGUAGACCCUGAUUACCUUAAGGAGCGCAAAGUGUUUGCACAUAUUCUAGCUGCCUUUAGAUAUGGCCGCGAAGACCUGGAUGUCCUGGGCCUCACUUUCAGAAAGGACCUCUUUCUGGCAUCAGUACAGGUGUAUCCCCCUGUCCAAGAACAGAAGAAGGACCUGACAAGGUUGCAGGAAAGGUUGAUCAAGAAACUGGGGCCAAAUGCCUAUCCAUUCUUCUUUGAGCUACCACCCAAUGCUCCAGCUUCAGUCACUCUACAGCCUGCUCCUGGGGACACCGGCAAGCCAUGUGGUGUUGAUUACGAACUGAAAACAUUUGUUGGAGACAGUAUUGAUGAAAAGCCACAUAAAAGGAAUUCCGUCCGGUUGGCUAUUCGUAAGUUAACAUAUGCCCCUGAGCAACCAGCGCCACAGCCCACAGCGGAACUCACUAAGGACUUUAUGAUGAGUCCUGGGAAUCUGCGCUUAGAAGCCAGUUUAGACAAGGAGAAAUACUACCAUGGGGAGAGUAUAGCAGUCAAUGUCCUGGUGGAUAACAAUACAAACAAAACAGUGAAAAAAAUCAAAAUCUCAGUACGGCAGUUUGCGGACAUCUGUCUAUUUAGUACCGCUCAGUACAAAUGCACAGUAGCUGAUAUAGAGUCCGAUAGGGAAGGUUUUCCAAUACAGCCCAGCCAAACUGGAUUCUGCAAAGUCUACUAUAUGGUCCCUUUACUGAGCAACAAUCGAGACAAACGGGGACUUGCCUUGGAUGGCAAACUUAAACAUGAAGACACCAAUCUCGCAUCAUCAACAAUAUUACCAAAAAAGUCUGGUUCCUCGGGCAGUUCAAGUGUGCAGGAUCCCAACUCUACAGAAAACCUUGGAAUUGUUGUACAAUAUAAGGUCAAGGUCAGACUGAUUCUAGGAUUUGGGUCAAGUGAUCUAGCAGUUGAGUUGCCAUUUACGUUGACGCACCCUAAGCCCCCAGAUUCCCCUCCCCCUAGUCGACCCGCCAGUGCUGUCAUACGACCAGAUGGGGAUGCACCAGUCGAUGCAAAUCUUAUCCAGCUUGAUACAAAUGGAGAGGGUUACUAUGCCAACCAAGAUGAUGAUUUUAUAUUCGAAGAUUUUGCCCGGUUGAGAUUGAAAGGUCAUGAUGGAGAUGAUACAGAAGCUUAAAGUGUUACCAUAGCAACACUCUACUCAUCAAUGUUAUAAUGCUAUUAUUACCAUAGUCAUGCUAUUGUCAUCAUAGUAACAGAUUGGUAAAGUCACAUUAUUAUGACUAUUGCCAUAGCAACAAUUUAACUUUGGAAUUGUUGAGGACCUUGGAUACUACACUAGUAGAAAGCUAAUGAGGAUGCAAAAGCUACAUUUAUAUAGAGCCUACAGUGGAGAAAGGAUGCAUUAUACAACUGACAAAAUCAUGGGAAUAGUAGCAGUUGCUAUGGUAACCUGAACUGAUUGGUGUCCAUGACAACAGGAACAAACAAACAGUUAGAGACAAACAUAUAUUUUGGCAAAAUGUGUAAUACCCAGCUGUCAUCAUUGUGUAUACCAACCAAAUACUUGAAUAUACAAGUGCAUAUAUGAGAAAGCCCUACUUAUGGCAAUCUAUCAUCACAUAGAUUGAUUUGUAGCAAGUUCACUUACAUGUACCGAGAUGGAAUAAAAAUGAAAUAUUUAAAGGGGAUUGUGAUAUAACAGCAUUACUUGUGAUGUAAUAUGAGAUGUGAUGGAGAUGCAAAAUAAUCACUAUGGUAACUGGUUUAGUUGACAACAAAUCCACCAUAACAUAUAUUACUGGGUCUUGUUUUACAGUGAAGUACAGGAGUAAUUGGUUGGUAUGCAAGAGUAUUCAUUCUAUGAAUAUUCAAUAGUAUAUUAUGAAUAUUCAAUAGUGUAU